UUUCCUUGCUCUCAUCCAGGCCAGGAGAGAAGUCCUGGGGACAGCUUCUGGAAAGUCUCUAACUUCUGGGAGCCCUCCACCAGGGCUACUGUGUGCACCCCCAGAGCACCUUAGACUUCCCAGAGCAGACCCAAGAUGGAGCCGGGACAGGCAGGGGGCGCGCUUCUGCUGUGGCUGCUAGUGCUCGCUCAAGGUAUUUUAAGUUGUCUGGCAUACAAUGUUGGCCUCCCAGGAGCGAAGAUAUUUUCCGGUCCUUCCAGUGAACAGUUUGGCUAUGCAGUGCAGCAGCUCAAAACCCCCCAGGGCAACUGGCUGCUGGUUGGGUCACCAUGGAGUGGCUUUCCCGAGAACAGAAUGGGAGACGUGUACAAAUGCCCUGUUGAUGUACCCACUUCCCCGUGUGAAAAGCUGAACCUGCAAAAUUCGGCAAGCAUCUCAAAUGUUACGGAGAUAAAAACCAACAUGAGCCUUGGUUUGACUCUCACCAGGAACUCAGGAACCGGUGGCUUUCUAACCUGUGGUCCUCUGUGGGCACAUCAGUGUGGAAAUCAGUAUUAUGCAACUGGAAUUUGUUCAGACAUCAGUCCAGACUUUCAGUCCCAGGCCAGCUUCUCACCUGCAGUUCAGGCUUGCUCUUCCCUUGUAGAUGUUGUAGUUGUAUGUGAUGAAUCAAACAGUAUUUAUCCCUGGAAUGCAGUGAAGAAUUUUUUGGAAAAAUUUGUUCAAAGCCUGGAUAUCGGACCCAAAAAGACUCAGGUGGCUUUAAUUCAAUAUGCCAAUAGGCCAAGGGUUAUAUUUGACUUCAACACUUACAAAACCAAAGAGAAAAUGGUUGAAGCCACAUCCCUGACCUCCCAAAAUGGUGGUGACCUCACAAAUACCUUCAAAGCAAUUGAAUUUGCAAGAAACCAUGCUUAUUUACCAUCUUCUGGUGGGCGCCCAGGUGCUACGAAAGUCAUGGUAGUUGUGACUGAUGGUGAAUCCCAUGAUGGAUCGAUGCUGAAAGAGGUGAUCCAGAAAUGCAAUGACAAUGAGAUACUGAGGUUCGGCAUAGCAGUUCUUGGGUAUUUAAACAGAAAUGCCCUUGAUACUAAAAAUUUAAUCAAAGAAAUCAAAGCAAUUGCUAGUACUCCAACAGAGAGAUUCUUUUUCAAUGUGGCCGAUGAAGCAGCUCUUCUGGAAAAGGCUGGAACACUAGGAGAGCACAUUUUCAGCAUCGAAGGUACUGUUCAAGGAGGAGACAAUUUCCAGAUGGAAAUGGCACAAGUAGGAUUCAGCGCAGAUUACUCUCCUCAAAAUGAUAUUCUGAUGCUAGGUGCAGUGGGAGCUUUUGAUUGGAGUGGAACUGUUGUCCAGGAGACAUCUCACGAGCACUUGAUCUUUCCUAAACAAGCCUUUGACCAUGUUCUACAGGACAGAAAUCACAGUUCAUUUUUAGGUUACUCUGUGGCUGCAAUUUCUACUGAAAAGGGUGUCUACUUUGUUGCUGGUGCUCCGCGGGCAAAUUAUACUGGCCAGAUAGUGCUGUACAGCGUUAACAGGGAUGGCAAUGUCACAGUGAUUCAGUCUCACAGAGGGGACCAGAUUGGCUCCUAUUUUGGUAGUGUGCUGUGUUCAGUUGAUGUGGACAGAGACUCCAUCACAGACGUGCUCUUGGUAGGUGCUCCCAUGUACAUGAAUGACCUCAAGAAAGAAGAGGGAAAAGUCUACCUGUUUACAAUCACAAAGGGCGUCUUGAAUCAGCACCAGUUCCUUGAAGGACCUGAAGGCACAGGAAAUGCUCGGUUUGGUUCAGCGAUUGCAGCCCUUUCAGACAUCAACAUGGAUGGCUUUAAUGAUGUGAUUGUUGGUUCACCUGUAGAGAAUGAGAAUUCUGGAGCAGUGUACAUUUACAAUGGUCACCAGGGUUCCAUUCUCACAAAGUACUCCCAGAAAAUCCUUGGAUCCGAUGGAGCCUUCAGGAGUCAUCUCCAGUUUUUUGGAAGGUCCCUGGAUGGCUAUGGAGAUUUAAAUGGGGAUUCCAUCACUGAUGUAUCCAUUGGUGCUUUGGGGCAAGUGGUUCAACUCUGGUCACAAAGCAUUGCUGAUGUGGCUAUAGAAGCUUCAUUCACUCCAGACACAAUCACAUUGCUCAACAAGGAUGCUAAGAUAACCCUCAAACUCUGCUUCAGAGCAAAGUUUAAACCCACUGGGCAAAACCAUCAAGUGGCCAUCCUGUUUAACAUGACACUUGAUGCAGACAGACAUUCAUCCAGAGUAACCUCUAGGGGGACAUUUAGAGAAAAUAGUGAACGAUUCCUGCAGAAGAAUGUGAUUGUAAGCCAAGCCCAGAGCUGUUCUGAGUACCACAUUAGCAUACAGAAGCCAUCUGAUGUUGUCAACCCUCUGGAUCUGCGUGUGGACAUCAGUUUGGAAAACCCUGGCACUAGCCCUGCUCUUGAAGCCUAUUCUGACACUGUCAAAGUCUUCAGUAUCCCUUUCUAUAAAGAAUGUGGCAGUGAUGGACUCUGCAUCUCUGACCUGAUCCUGGAUGUUCAACACCUGCCAGCCAUUCAAAAUCAACCGUUUAUUGUCAGCAACCAGAAAAAAAGGUUAACAUUUUCAGUCACACUGAGGAACAGAGGGGAGAGCGCAUACAACACUGCAGUCGUGGCGGAGUUUUCAGACAACUUGUUUUUUGCUUCUUUUUCCAUGCCGGUCGACGGAACAGAAGUAACAUGCGAGGUUGGCUCAUCACAGAAAUCUGUUACCUGUGAUGUGGGAUAUCCCGCCUUAAACAGUGAACAGGAGGUGACUUUUACCAUCAACUUCGACUUCAACCUUCAAAACCUCCACAAUCAAGCAUCCAUCCAUUUCCAAGCCUUCAGUGAGAGCCAAGAGGCAAACAAAGCAGACAAUUCAGUCAGUCUCAAGAUCCCUCUUCUGUAUGAUGCCGAAAUUCACCUAACCCGAUCCACCAACAUAAAUUUUUAUGAAAUCUCUCCGGAUGAGAAUGCUCCUUCUGUCAUAAACAGUGUUGAAGAUAUUGGACCUAAAUUCAUCUUCUCGCUCAAGGUAACAACAGGAAGUUCUCCGGCAAGCAUGGCAUCAGUAACCAUCCACAUUCCUCAGUACACCAAGGCAAAGAACCCACUCCUGUAUUUGACCGAGGUGCAAACAGAUGAGGCUGGUGACAUCAGUUGCACAGCAGAAAUAAAUCCACUAAAGCUAGGACAUGUGUCCUCUUCCGUAGCUUUCAAGAGUGAAAACUUCCGGCACAGGAAAGAACUGAACUGUACAACCACCUCCUGCAGUGACAUCACCUGCUGGCUGAAGGAACUUCGCAUGAAAACAGAGUACUUUAUCAAUGUCACUACCAGAGUCUGGAACCAGACCUUCGCUGCUUCAACUUUCCAGACUGUGCAGCUGACAGCAGCAGCAGAAAUUGAAACACACAAUCCCCAGCUAUAUGUGAUUGAGGACAACACCGUCACGAUUCCCCUUAUGAUAAUGAAACCCACCGAGAAAGCAGAAGUACCAACAGGGGUUAUAAUAGGAAGCAUAAUUGCGGGGAUCCUCUUGCUGUUGGCUCUGGUUGCAGGUUUGUGGAAGCUUGGCUUCUUCAAAAGACAAUAUAAAAAAAUGAGCCAAAACCCAGAUGAGACGGAUGAGACCACAGAACUCAACAGCUAAACCCCAGAUGGACACCACGGCAUGGAGGCUGGCGACAUCCCUGCUAGGGUUCACUGUGUGGUGAAUGGAUUUCUCUUACAGUCCAGUUUUAAAUAAUUUAAUAGACAAACUAGCCUGAUAAUUUUAGAGUAACUGCUGGCCAGUUGGGAAAGAAGACAUUGUGGGUGGUGGUUAGUGCUAGGAAGACUAAAGACAUUACAUAUAAAGGAAAACAAAGUAAUCUCUAGACUGGCUAGUCCAGUGUUUACAUGCUAACAUUCAUUGUGUCAGCAAGAUGGGAUGCAUUUAUGCAUGACAAACCUUCAAGAAAACUGUAACAUUUUUAUAUUGGGGGGUGGUAAAGGGCAUGGAGAAUGCUCUUUUUAAUUUAAUUAACAGUAUAGAAAAAGUGGAAAGUACCUGGUAUGUAUAUAAUGCAUAACACAUAUUAUAUAUGUUAUAUAUAUAUUACCAAUAUAGCAUAUAUUGUACAUAUUACAUAUAUAACUGUGAUAUAACUUAUAUUGUAGAUAAUAUAUAUUAUACUGAGUAUUUCCACAUAUAUAAAGCUAUAUUACUCUAAUAAAUAAUAAUGUUUGUUGAAAAGAGGGAAAAACAGCAUAGAUUGUUUUUUCAAUUUAUGCUACUCAUCCAUGGUUGCCAUAGAGGAUACUUUUAAGUGAUAAUCUUAUUUAUAAACUAGGUUUGAAAAAAAAAGGUUCUGCUGUUGCAGGACAGUAAUCUCAGCUACCUAGGAAGUUGAGACAGGAAUCUGAGGCUGAUGUCUCCCUGGGUUGUACAAUGAGUUCAAAGCUAUCCUGGACAACUUAAGGAGAUCCUGUCUAAAAACAAAAGAUGAAAUGACGCUGAGGCAUAGUAGUAGAGUGCUUGCUUAGCAGGAUCUUAAAACUAAACAAAACAAAACAAAAACAGACAUAACUUGCUGCUUUCUUUCAGGCCCUGACUGCCUCUUCUGAGUCCUAUCUUACUGUAAACAUGCCUGCAUAAUCAAGAAAAAUACUAUACAUAUGUGUGUGUAUAAAUAAUUAGUACUAUAUAUAUACAUACAUAUAUAUAAUAUUUGCAAAUAAAUAUACCACCUACUUAAGAAACUUCCACAAUCAUUAUGCUGGGCAAGGGACGGUUUAAAAGUCAAGGCAUCAAAAUGUACUAGUAACCUAUACUGUUACAAAUUUAUAGUAUAACUGCUGGGGCCAUCCCUUGCCAAAGGAAAUGGGGAGGGGCAUUCCUUUUAGGAAUAACAAGAGUCCUCUUUUAGUUGAUUAGCUAUCUGGGAGGGACCUAGUGCAUUGACCAGAGAUAAACAAUUUCUUUUGCUAACUGCCUCCCAUGUCUCCCCUUCCCUGCUGCCCUGAUGACAGAAGGGGCCUGCCUUUCUCUGCAGCAGUUAUCACUUUCUCUUUAUCUGCCAGCCACGUGGCCUACACCAGGAAUCCCAACCCACCCCACACACACCACCCCAGGUGUUGGCAUGAGAAAGACCCCUGUUUAGUUCACACACCUGUGAUUACUCUCUACACUCCUUAGCUUUCAGGGAAUAUUUUCAUUUGCUGCUACACAAGAAAGAAAACUAAGCCUGGAUGUGUAGCUGUUGCAUUUAUAAAGAAGGUAAAUGGAACAGCUCAGGGAUUUGUAGGUUAGAAGAGCAGCCGAGACCACUAAUGUAGCAGGAGUAACCUCUGUGCUUGACUCGGGUAGGCAAAACUAAGCCCUAAGUCUUUAAACUCUUACUUGGUCGGGCUGGUAGAAAGCCCAAAGUCCUCAUUUUGACAAACACCCAGACAUGGUGACGAAAACAGGCUGAACUCCAGGGAGCUGUGUGCCUCCCACGCCCUUUAAAGCUCAUUUCUGAGUCUACGCAUUCUCUAGAAGCGAGCCAGAAGAAAGGGGUCAGAGAACAACAGUAGAAGACACUCUGUCACACACACUAUAUGCAUGAAGCUUUGGCUGAGUCCUUAACCGCUAGAACUUCAUUGUUCUCUUUAUGAAAGGGGAAGUCGGGGUUAGGGCUCAGAAGUGACUCAAUCUUAGAAGUUAACCAUGAGGAUUUUCUACUGCACAACCUCCAAGAAUGGAACCUAGAGAGGUCAGAGGGAAAACAGCUCACCCGUGUGUGUGUGUGUGUGUGUGUGUGUGUGUGUGUGUGUGUGUGUGUGUGUAUAGCCAGCUUGGUACUCUCUUAGUUGAUCCAGAGUCCAAUUCUUUUAACAGCUGUGUGGAGUAAUUGUGUCAUGCUAAGCGAAAUUUUCUUUUACACUGGAGAAACCAGUCACUAGGUUGAUAGAGAAUACUUCACAUGCCAUGUUAGCCUACUACUACUACUACUUUUGCUACUACUAUUACAUACACACACACGUUUUCUAGUGUGCUUUAUCAGUGCCCAUAGCACACAUUUCCUUACUGCCUUCCUCCCUCUCCUCCUACAGGAAGUAAACCGGGGUUAUCUACUCCUAUACACAUAGAGCUUGAGACCUUGGACGAGCCUUGGCUUAACAUCACCUUUGAUUAGUUUUUAAAGGGCAAGGCUGGGUUACAAUUAAGACCCUGAAACAGUCUCUAAACCAUUUCUCACACUAGUCCAGGGUUUAUGACCUUAGCAAUACUGUCAAUUUGGAGCAGGCAGUUUUAUGAGGGGAGGCACUGCCCUGUUCCUUACAGGGUUUGCACAGCAUCCAUUGCCUCUACCUACUCAGGGACAGAUUGCAUCCUCCCCCCCUGGCCAUGACAACAACAAAUGUCUCCAUUGAGACCCACACCCAGUCUUUACUAAAUGGCUCCUGUAUUUUUCAAGAAAUUUUAAGCAAAGAUGAAUGUUCUCAAGAAAUUCCUGGGUGGAGGGUGGCGGGUAGGCAGUGUUUGAAAGGAAGUUAUGUGAUCCAUUCAGCCAUACCUUUGGUUUAAAUUUAAGUAUAGGACUCAAGAAGUGUCAGGUUAAAAUUUCCAUUUCAUAAAUGGUAUAUCACAAAAUGUGAUCUUAAAAACCUGAGUUACUUCCUGCAUGGUAACCACACAACUCUAUAAACAGCAGCAAGGUAAAAUAGUGUAAUAAAGAAACUGGAUUCACUUAAAAUUAUGCACCGCUCAUUUUUGCAGCAAACUGUAAAUGCCCAACUGGACAGAUUUUUUUUCUAGCUAGCAGUGUUAUUUUAUAAAACAGUGAAACUUGCCUUUUAACUGUGAAGAAUAAAACCAAUUUAUGAUAGGCACACAGUGAUUACUCUAAAUCAUAAAGUACAAUGCUGUACUGUGUCUAUCCUGAUACAGAGCUGUAACUUAACAUGUGAAAAGCUAGUCAAGAUUCCAUUAAACUGAAGCCAGGACUCACAGCAGAGCUCCCCGCUCCUUACGCACAGAACAAUUCUAUAUACACUAUGUCCUUCCUGUGUAUUCAGGAGUGUUCAUUUUCAUUAACGUGAAAGAGUAAACUCCAGAGUUAGAAGGUAAACAUGGGGGCAAAUUUGGGAGCAAAAUAUUUACUACUUUGAAUUUUAAAGUAUAAAGAUGUAGCCGUUGUGUAAAUAUAUAGAUUGUAUUGUUUGUACUUGACUUUGGCAACUGAAGCCAAAAUGUAAAUGUAUAUAUUGCCCAACUGUAUUAGAAUUGUCUAUUUUUAAAAGAGGCGAUUGUCUUAUUUCCUUCAGACAUGAUGAGUAAUCUUGGUAAGAUGUAAUGGUUGCAGGUUUGAAAUAAGUAUGCUUUGUCAUUUUACUCUCCACCAAAUGUAAAUGAGAUGAAUAUAUUUGUUGUACGCCAACUUGGUGAAUUUAUUUGAUUUCUUAGAGACUAUUAAAUUGCAGUAAUUGACAUAAAUAAAAGCUUCUCUGAUAUCAUAGCACAAGAACCAAACAGAAAAGUUUUAUUUAAUUGUAAAUUGUUCUUUUCAUACCCUGUCAUUAAAUAUCAUUAAAAUUGUUUUGAAAUUAAGCUACUCUACAUGGAUUUUUAUUACAAAGUUACAAAUUUCAGUAUGUCUUAGGGACUGCUUUUGCUUCAGAACGCAUUCAAGAUUUAACUUAGGGAGACUCUGGAUGUCAGUAGCACAAGUUUCUGGUCUAGUAGAACAUCAAAGCACAGUUAAAACAUUUGAAGUGAGACGUGACUUAAAUGUUAAGAAAAAAUUACACACACUGGGAUGAACACACUGAAGAACUGAAGCUAAAUGGACUUGAGCUUGCAGACUGCCCUCACUCUAUGCAUGGACUUGAGCUUGCAGACUGCCCUCACUCUACGCAUGGACUUGAGCUUGCAGACUGCCCUCACUCUACGCAUGGACUUGAGCUUGCAGACUGCCCUCACUCUAUGCAUGGACUUGAGCUUGCAGACUGCCCUCACUCUACGCAUGGACUUGAGCUUGCAGACUGCCCUCACUCUAUGCAUGGACUUGAGCUUGCAGACUGCCCUCACUCUACGCAUGGACUUGAGCUUGCAGACUGCCCUCACUCUACGCAUGGACUUGAGCUUGCAGACUGCCCUCAUUCUACGCAUGGACUUGAGCUUGCAGACUGCCCUCACUCUACGCAUGGACUUGAGCUUGCAGACUGCCCUCACUCUACGCAUGGACUUGAGCUUGCAGACUGCCCUCACUCUACGCAUGGACUUGAGCUUGCAGACUGCCCUCACUCUACGCAUGGACUUGAGCUUGCAGACUGCCCUCACUCUACGCAUGGACUUGAGCUUGCAGACUGCCCUCAUUCUACGCAUGGACUUGAGCUUGCAGACUGCCCUCACUCUACGCAUGGACUUGAGCUUGCAGACUGCCCUCACUAUGGCAGUCCACUCAAUGUUCCGGUAUGAAGUGACUGUGUCGCCCUCUAUAUCAAUGUUAAAUCAUUUCCCACUCAGGUAUCAGGCACUCCCUCAUAUGAAUUCUCACCCAAAAAUGUACAGCCUUCUACAGAAAACUUGUGUUUAAGAGGUAAGCCAGAAGAAAGAACCUUUUGUUGUUA